CCCUGUCAGGCUACAGUCCAUGAGGUCGCAAGAGUCAGACACAAUUUAGCAACUAAACCACCACCAGCCCCAUUCUUUCUACCAUAUACUCAUUUUCCUUCCUUCUUUCAUCCAUCAAACCUUCACGGAGGAUCCACAAAUAAACCACAAGAUCUGAAGGAUUCAAAGAUGAAUCAGAUUUGGUAACUGACCUCCAAGGGGAGGAAUUCGGUCUGGGGAAACCCAUUUGUAAAACCGAUAAUAACAAAGUGAUUAAGUGGUAAUAACAGGAGGAUAUAAAGAGAUGCGCCAACAUAAAGGAACACUAAUAGCUUCCUAGUGCAGCAGCCACUGGAGGAACUAGAGGGAACAUUUCUAAUUGUUCCAAAAAUGGGCAAACCCUAAACAAAGAUUCCCUGCCAGGAACCAGCCUGCCAUGAUGGAAGCAGUGCUUUGAUGCCUUGAAGCCAUGAAUUCUGGAGUCACAACAUGGGGAGAGCUUCCUCUGCACCUCUAAUCUCUAGCUCUAUACAAGUGCAUCUAGGAAGAGACUUUUAGGAGAUCAGCCCCUCCAAAGUAUGGGGCCAACCAUUAUCUUACUCCAGACAGUUCCAGUAUCUGCAUCCUAACCUCCUGUGUCAGAAUCCAGCACAUCAUUUCCCUAGUUCCGGAAACGCUUGAGUCUUUGCCCUUUGUCAUACUGAGCUCUUAAUUGGUUUAGCCCAUCACACUGCUAGAUAUAAAGGUUACAAUCCCUACACUUAAGUAGGUCUGCAGCUGGGGUAGGGAGUCUCAGGCAAGACAGGCAGGGUGCAACAACAUAGCACCUGCUCUCUCACCCAGCUCCCUAUAGACUGGCUUUUUAGGAGGACUAAGAAACUGAUACUCGAUCCCAAUUUAUUUUUCCUUAUCUUCCCAUCUCUCAGAUAGGAAACCCUGGAGGAGAAGCUUAAGGGCUGGAGGAGGCUGCCAAGGAGGAGACGGAUGAAAGAUGGGGAGUGGAGCCAGUGCUGAGGACAAAGAAUUGGCCAAGAGGUCCAAAGAGCUAGAAAAGAAGCUGCAGGAGGAUGCUGACAAGGAAGCCAAGACCGUCAAGCUGCUAUUGCUGGGUGCUGGGGAGUCAGGAAAGAGCACUAUCGUCAAACAGAUGAAGAUCAUUCACCAGGAUGGCUAUUCGCCAGAAGAAUGCCUGGAGUACAAGGCCAUCAUCUAUGGCAAUGUGCUGCAAUCCAUCUUGGCUAUCAUCCGGGCCAUGCCCACACUGGGCAUUGACUAUGCUGAAGCGAGCUGUGUGGAUGAUGGGCGACAGCUCAACAACCUGGCUGACUCCAUUGAAGAGGGCACUAUGCCUCCUGAGCUAGUGGAGGUUAUCAGGAAGUUGUGGAAGGAUGGUGGGGUGCAAGCCUGCUUUGACAGAGCUGCAGAGUACCAGCUCAAUGACUCGGCAUCUUACUACCUGAAUCAAUUAGACCGAAUUACAGCCCCUGACUACCUCCCUAAUGAGCAAGAUGUGCUUCGAUCCAGAGUCAAAACCACAGGCAUCAUUGAGACUAAGUUUUCUGUCAAGGACUUAAACUUCAGGAUGUUUGAUGUGGGAGGGCAGAGAUCAGAGAGAAAGAAGUGGAUCCACUGCUUUGAGGGAGUCACCUGCAUCAUUUUCUGUGCAGCCCUCAGCGCCUAUGAUAUGGUGCUGGUGGAAGAUGACGAAGUGAAUCGUAUGCAUGAGUCACUGCACCUGUUCAACAGCAUAUGUAACCACAAGUUCUUUGCGGCCACUUCCAUUGUCCUCUUUCUCAACAAGAAGGAUCUCUUUGAGGAAAAAAUCAAGAAAGUCCAUCUCAGCAUUUGUUUUCCAGAGUAUGAUGGGAACAACUCUUAUGAGGAUGCAGGGAAUUAUAUCAAGAGUCAGUUCCUUGACCUCAACAUGAGAAAAGAUGUCAAAGAAAUCUACAGUCACAUGACCUGUGCUACAGAUACACAGAAUGUCAAAUUUGUAUUUGAUGCAGUUACAGACAUUAUCAUCAAAGAAAACCUCAAGGACUGCGGACUCUUCUAGUUCUCACCAUUCCUCAAGUAUGUUCUGUAAACAGGCUCUGAAUCUCAGUAAUUUUAAGCAGAAAAUUUUAGGUCAAUAUAUUAUGACAAGAAGAAUGAAUCCAUUCUCCCUUGGAGAUGGAGUACGUAUGAUUGCAACUGUGUCUAAAUUUGUUCUUUUAAAAGCAGGAUAGCUAGCGCAGUUUAGAGAAUGCAAGACCAGGAAUCAGAAGACCCAGGAUCCAUUACUGGCUCUGCAACUUUCUACUGAUGCAGAAAUGUAAAUAUUUCAUUUCUCUGACCCUUGAGUCCCUCAUCUAUAAAAUGAAGGUAACUUCUCUACUACUUCACAGGUUAUUCUAAUGAUCACAAACAUAACUGAAGGGAGGCAUAUAAAAGCUGUGUGGUGACACAAAGAAAUUCUACAUAAAAGCUCCCACUAAUGAAAUUCAACAUCAAGGUUUAGAUGAAUUAUCCCAAAAAAGCAAACCUUCCCUGCAAUCUGCAAAAAAAACCUAAAUUAGUUAAAAACAGAAUUUCAAUAAACUUACCACCCUUUUUUACUAUAAGACCUUUAAGUGCCUUAGCUAAGAGAUCUGAAUCAUCAGACAGAUGUGAGUUUGUGAGCUCUAAGGCACACAUCCAGUUUUUUGGUGGUGUUUUUUUUGGCCAUAUGGCUUGCCUUGCAGGAUCUUAGUUCCGAAAACAGGGACUGAACCCAGGCCCUGGUUAGAGUCCUAACCACCGGACUGCAAGGGAGUUCCCCAAAAUGAUUUUCGUUAAAUCAUAUUACCCCUCUGCUCCCAAACUGCCAGACUGUGUUCCCUAUAUCUCUGUAAGUAUAGGGAUACUUAUCCCUCUAAGUAACUCUGUCAGCUAUAUAAGACACUUUCUGAAUGAACCUGGAGGACAGAACACACUCCCACUUAGAGUAUUAAUGAUUGUAUUGCUGCUACUUCUCUGUCACAGAAUUUAGAACAAAUGAGCAAUCCUAAAAUCCUCAUUUCAACUGCUACAUGUUUCAGAACAAAAAAAAGGCAGCUAUUUUGCUUUAGGCACUGAAAAUCUUUGCAGUUGGAUCCAUGUGAUGCCUGGCUGAAAACAACAUCUCCCCAAACAGGCCAACAAUUAAAUUAUCCCUUGAACUUCUUUGAGGAGAAACAAAGCUUGUAUUUAUCUUGACAGGAGGUGGUGAAGUUGAGUAUAGAUUUAGCAUUUACAACUACUAGUGAGGAAAGCUCUUGGCAUCCAAGAUUUAGUAUAUAAAAGAAAGUGUCAAUUAAAAUGAAAAUCUGCUCCUUGCCAGAAAAACACAUUCACACUUAGGCUACUACUAGCAAUAUUGAUACUAGAGAGCCAUAUGAGCUUGAAAUACACUGAAGAAUAAAUUUGCAGGUGUUAAAAUUGGAUUCAUUUAAUAGUCUUUCUGAUUCUUUGAAAAGAAACCAACUUGGGAAAAUUACCAGGGAAAUAAGGAAAACUACUGUCUAGUGCCAAUUAAAAAACUUAAACCGAAGGAAAAAAAUCUGGGCAAGAUCUCUUGUAUCCAAGCACUGUUCAGGGACUAUUCCAAAGGGCAUGCUCUAAUGCUCACUAACCUCUUUGCUUUAACUCAACUUAUAGGGGUUCCGAGGUGUUUUUUUUUUCUUUUGGUAUCAUAAAACCCUCUAGCAGUCUGAUGAAGCCUAUGGAUCUCUUUCUCAGGAUACUUUAAAAUGCAUAAAACAAAAUUCAGAGAGCUACAAAGGAAACCAACAUACUGAACCAACAACAGUUGUAUUUUUGGAGUUCUGAAGCCCCAGGUUAAGAAUUUUGCUACAGCUAUGAUCUUACCUAUUCAAGGCCCAAAUGUAGUUUUUCCCAUUUAUUCCACCUUUAAGAAGGGUAACCCCACCUACCCACAAAUCACACCAAAUUUUCUGCUUUCCUAAAUUAUCUUUUCCUCCAUCUUUGACUCUAGGCAGGAAUUGGUUAUAGGCCAAAUUAUAGAAGCCCAACACAGACUCCUUGGUUAUUAAUGUUCAUAUAGAACUUGCCCUACAGUACUAGCAUGAAAACAGAGUCAGUGGGACAGGUCUUAUGGUAGAACAAUCUCUAGGAGAAUAAAACACAGUUAUAUUUUUGUUUUCUUUUGCUCUGGUAGACACCUCAACUUUUAACUGGUUUAUAAACAAACUUUCACAAGCCAAAAGAUGCCCUAUAUUCACUUUGCUGAAAGGUUAUCUUGGAGGCUGAAUAGGGAAGUAGCAGUACUUAAAAGCAACACUUCUACAGCCGCUUUUCUCAGGUUAGAUUCUGGUUAUUCAUCUUAUAAUGCUUUCAAGCCAAAACUCUUCUGGAGAGUGUACACAGAAUAAAAAUUGGGGGCCUUGGUCAUCCACUCACCUGUUCCUUAGGACAAAGUCAAAAUAAUUUCCUAAAACUCUUAGCAAACACUAGGCUCUUCUCUGAGUAAAGGUAAGAGGAUUUGACUUCAAAUGUUUUGGGUAGGCUUCCAAAAAACGUAUUAAUCCUUACCACAGCUUAAUUGUUUGUCAGACCCAGAGAUGACUCCUAAACCUUACACUAUUGGAAACAACUACAUUGGUAUUUCUUCUAUCCUACUGGCUUAUUUUUAUCUCAUGGACAUUUUGAUUGUGUCCAUGAAAAGUUCUCUUUGCAUAAAACAGCUGCUAGAAAGUUUAAAACCAAAAUUAUGCCAUAUACUCACUCUGCUGUCUAUAUGUCUUCUUUUGCUCCAUUUUAAAUUUAUAUUAUACUGUUGAAUUUUAUGUCAUCACAAAUUCUUUUCUGUAACAAGACAGGUUAGAAACUAAUACUCGACCCUGUUUUCAUAUACUGCAACCUUAAUGCUUAGGAUGAUAAAGCUAGAAGAAACUCAAAAAAUCCCAUGUCCAUCACUAGCAAUUUAUAGAUAAGCAACUGAGCCCAAGGGAGGUGGAGUGUCUUCAUCAAGAUCACACCGCUGGGAAGUAACAGAACUUAAACUCCAAAAUAGGUCUUCUGAAUCCAAAGCCAGUGGUUUUUCUAUCUGCACAAUACCAACAGUCCACCAAUCACCAUAAAGUCAAAGUCAAUCUUCUCAUUCGCCUAAGCUCCUUCUAGUCCCAAACAAGUCCUUGGUUAUUUUUAAAUUAUGCCAACUCUAAAUCAUAGCUAUUUAACAAAACCAUCUCCAAACUAAAUACAAACUGGCCUCAAAAUGGAUGUGAUAUUAGCACAGAAUAAUAAAAAUAUAAAUAGCUUUGUUUGCUGAAGGUAUAAUUUCCUGUUCUUAUCUCAGAGGGCAGAGACCAUGUUUUCCUUGAAUUGCAUGAUUAGACAUUGAUCAAAGUAAGCCAAAUGUAAAUUAAGUUCCAUUUCAUAUCAAUCUGAUGACAGUUGCUUUUUUUCUUACAAAAAUAUGACACAUAAGGACAAACAGUAUGAUUUCACUUAUAUCAAGAAUCUAAAGUAGUGAAAUUUAUAAAGACAGAAAGUAGAACGGAAGUAAGGAGUUAUUAUUUAAUGGGUACAGUUUCAGUUUGGGAAGAUGAAAAAAGUUCUGGAGAUGGAUGGUGGUGAUAUUGCAUAAAAACGUGAAUGUACCUAAUACUACUGAACUACAUACUUAAAUAUGUUAAAAUGGCAAAUUUUAUGUUAUGUAUACUUUAUUACAAUAAAAAAUAACAGAAAAAAUAUAACUGGAAAUGUGCUUUUAUGUUUGUCAAUUAAAAGAUGGAUAAAAUGAGCACAAAAAUUCAGUAUAAGAACCAUAUAAAAGACACAUUUACUCAAAAUAGUUCCUACUCUGAUUUAAAAAAAAAAAAAAAUCACAUACAUGUACCCCAAAUAAUCAAAAUCUGUGUGGCCCCAUCCCCAAGGUGAAAAAUAAGAACCUUCAAAAAAAGCCACGCUACACUUGGAGAUGUGCCGUAGACCGAAGUGUGCUGGCUCUGCUGGGUGGAGAAGGUGGUGAAGGGUGAAGAGCUCUUACCUCCCCCUGCCCUCUCUACCCGGCACAGCCCCCGGAGCACAGAUUCCAGCAGGACUUCAGUGUUGGGCCAGGGACUGCAAGUGUGCCAGAGCCUCUGGCGACCCUGCUAGGCAGAAGUGUGAAGACAUCUCUGUGAGGUCAAACAGAUAAACUGCAGAUUGUAGGAACUUUUCUGCCCUUUGGUCAUGGAAAAGCAAACACCAGUUUGAACAGGAAAUAAAGAACUGGAUUUAAAUGCAAAAUCUUUACAGACCUUUUCACCCUGCUUCACAAAAUAAAAUUUGUAGUUGAAUUUCUAGUAAUUUAGUUCAUUUUAGGUUUUUGAAAUGAGUAUGGCAAAAGUGAUUAUGAGAAAAGACAACCAGCAACAAUGAACAUUUGUAGGUAUUGUCUCAAGACUUACUUUUUUUUUUUUUGGAGUAGAGUACAAUUUCGAGUAUCAUAAAGAAUAUUUAUGAAACAUUUCUAAUAUGUUAUUUCUAUUUGAUCGGAACUAUAGUAUAUCAGAGCUGGAAGUACUUUAGUCUGUCUUUAGAUGAGAGAUAUAAGACUGAAAGAUUUCACAGCUAGCUGGAAGCAGGGAAAAGACCAGAACCCCGCACAUCAAGCAACUUUCUAACCUCGUAAGAGGACGCUUCAUCCUAUAUAAGCAAAGAUGAACAGUUAGAAAAAACAGGUACUUUCUUAUAAUUUGUUAUGUCCACUGGGAUUCUCUCUUACAUAUAAACAAGCCUCUUGGUAAAAAUGUUUGGAUGACACAUAGGAAUAUGGCCAGGGAGGGUGGGGGCAAGAAGAUAGGAUAUCUUUACAACAAGACUGUACAGAAUUUAAUAUUCCAGCUGUAAAUGAUCUUACAGCUAAUGCUAACAUAUUAAGAUGGUGUACCCCAUAAGUAUAUUUACUAAUAUUUGAUUAUUUCUCCUACUAUGUUGAUUCCCACUAGAUUUCAGGAAGGGAAAACAUAUACCACUGGGCAUACAGAGAUAUAUAUUUAACUCCUCAAUUAUUCCCUUUACCUACCUCAUCCCCAAAAGACUUUCAUUCUAUAGCUGGUUUUGUUCUUUAUCUACCAACUGUAAAUGGAUAUUCAUGUUAUUAUAGUUACCUUUGUUAUAGGACUUUAUCUUUACUUUUGUGUAUCUUUCCAUUUUCACUGAAAAUAAAUGGAGUGAAAUAAAUGAAAUAUAUGUUUAGAAAACCCAAGUUUCUUGUUUUGUCUAAAUUUUGUAUAAAAACUAAAUAGUCUUAUCCAAAAUGCAGUAAUGUUCUUUGGCUAAACAGUCCUCAAACUAACUUUUUGGGUGAAAGGCACUUUAAGUUAUGUACAAAAGGUGCUUUGUACUUACUGCAAAUAAAAAAUAACUCAAGUCAUUCACUAGUGAUUUAGAGGUUGUUUACUAUUCACGUUGAUCUUUAAUAUAAGGUCUAUUCAGUUGUCCCCAGGAUGUUGGCCCAGGAUAGUCGCAUCAGAACCACCUGAGGAAUUUAUUUUAAAAAUACAUAUUUUAAGGACUUGGUUUGGAUAUUUUAAUUGAGUCGAGGUUAGCCAAAGAAUUUCUAUGUUAAUCUUCCACCACAGGUAUCUACUGCUGCAUAAUAUUCCAUAUUAUCUCUGAUUCCUGAGACGACUUGAGUAAAGCCAGGCGCAGAACUGACACAGUAUCAGAAAAUAACUGUCCUGCCCUGAUUUGUUCUAAAAUAUGCUCUCCUCAGCAGAACUAACUCAUAAAAGGUUAUGAGAAAACUGGAGGGUGAGUGGUGAGGGGGAAUGGGGAUUCAAAACCUAAACAAAGGUAAAGGAACAAGGAUCCUGACCAUCCUGGAAGUCUGUUCUUCAGUAUGCCUCACUUAAAUCUUUUACUUUCUGAUAGUUGAUAGUAAGAGGUAUCUAAGUUCCAGAUCUCUAAGCAGCUUGGUUUUCUUUUUUGUUUGGACAGUCAUAAAUUUAUAAGGAGACCUGUGGCUGGUUCAGGUCAGGUCUCUGAUUUGUACUGCGAAGACUAAACUGGAAGAAGAAAAUUACCUGGUAGUACUGGGAAACUGAGAUAAUUUUAUUCUUAAAGUCAGUAUCACAUAUGAAAGAUUUCACAGGAAAUCAGUAAAAGGAAUUAGUACUAUUAAUAUUUUAGGUUUGUAUCAGUGAGUACGGGGCCACUGUUUUUUGAACAUCCAGAAGGAAAAAAAAAAAUCAUUCAAAGGCAGCUUUUUGAUUGAGAGUCUAACUUCCCCUUGUAUGUAACUGCCAAUGCAGCAAGGAGCUCUGCAACAGGAAAUGCCAGAACUAUGCUAAGCAAAUGGACAAAUAUAAAAAAGUAACUAGUCAGAUCAGGUCAUCAAGGUCCAAACAAAGUUAUAGCCUACAGAUCACAAAGAAUGGCCACACAUCAGUGGCCAGAAUGUAAGAAUAUAAGGUGAGCAAAUAAAUUCAAAGAACCAGCAGUUAUUUUUAAAUACUCCAAAAUGUGUAUAUAAUAAAACACAAAUAGAAUACAUAAGAGAAUAAAAAAUAAACCAGGCAAGGAAACAGAUUUUUAAAAUAUGGUCCAUCUUUCUUAGAAAGAAAGCACCUUGUGAAAAGUCACAACCCAUCAGGUACAAUGCACUGAACUAGAGGUCUAGAGUUCAAACCAUCCAAGAUGAAAAUGACACUUCAAGAUCCACUUAUGAAUAACUCUAACAGUUCUUAGAAUUUUCAUGCCAGAAGGUGAAAUCUGUUGAAAGGAUAAAAUUGUAAGGUUAUUUAUUCCCUAAGACUGACCAUUAAGGAGCAGAAUACUUCCUCUUUACAUAGGAGCCUAACAGAUGGCAAUUUUACAGCCCAGAGUUUUAAUCAGGUGGCGAAGAUGUGACUGUCAACAAAAUAAAGCUGCUGUUACAGUCCUUCCUGCUAAUGGCUAUUUAUUGUUAUCUAAUUUUUUAAUUUUCUUAGAUGUUUUUUAACGUUCUUAGAUGUGCUAAGAAGCCUGGCCAACUAAAUUCUGAAACAUGAUCCAUCACAAAUUUCCAGUAUUCUCCACCAAAAAGACACAGGCAAGUUUUCAUUUCUUUGAUUACAAAUAUCAAUCCUUUUUCUCCAGGCCACUAGAUAUGAUGUGUCAUCCCCACAUUUUGGCUCUGCUAUAAGAAAAGAUCUUUUAGUUCAAAACACAAUAGUGGUUUGUAAGGCAGACCAUCAGAUUCAUCAUAUCAAAAUUACCUUUUUAAAAUUAUAGACUGCUAGCCUGCCAGUCAAGAGUCAAUCUCUGAGAUGGAUCCAGGUGAUUUUGACUGAAAGCAUAUUUGAAAACCACUGACUGAUACUGUCCUCAACAAAUGUGCAUUUUGAUAAAUUAUUUGGGAUGGAGGGGUAAGAGGUGAUCCUCACAUAUAUAUAGGAUAAAUGUAAAUGGUAUAAAGU